AUGCUUGUCCCAACUGAAGAUGUGGUAAAAAUGAUAGAAGUCGUCCUCAACAACAAUAAUUUCAACCUUGGUGGUAAACACUAUAUACAGAAAAAAGGUAUUGCUAUUGGAUCCAAGUUAGGAAAAAAUUUUGCAUGUUCAUACAUGAGAAUCUGGGAUGAGAAACUUAUGAACUUUCACCAGCAACCCCUUUUCUACAAGAGAUUUAUAGACGAUGGAUUUGGUUUAUGGACUGGCGGAGAGGAAAGUCUGAGAAAUUUUGCGAGGCAUGCAAAUAGUAUACACAAAGAUAUUCAAGUUGAACUGAGAUAUAGCCCAGCUAAAAUAGAAUUUCUAGAUACAUGGGUAAUACUUGAGAAUGGAAAAGUUUACACCAGCCUGUAUAAGAAGCCCACUGAUAAACAAUUAUAUUUGCACAAAAGCUCCAAUCACCCACCAAAUACAAAAUCAGGGUUGGCGUAUGGCUUAGGUCUUAGGCUUAAGAGAAUCUGUGAAAAAGAGCAAGAUUACCAGAAACACAGAACUGAACUUAAACAACAACUUCGCAGAAGAGGAUAUAGUGGUAAAGAAGUAGAACGGCAACUGACAAAAGUAGAUACUUUAGACAGAGAAGACCUAUUACAAAAGCAGACUAAAAAAGGAAAAGACAAACGUGUACCACUAGUAUUAACAUAUACCAAGCAGCUCCCUAAUAUCCACUCAAUUGUUAGGAAACAUAUGAACAUUUUAUAUAGAUCUGAGAAGAUGAUGGAAGUGUUCCAAUCUCCACCCAUUAUUGCCUACAGAAGAGACAAAAAUAUAUGUGACAUCCUAGUGCACGGGAAAACAAACAAGGCUUUAAAGCAGUCAGUUAACCUAUGUAAAUGUAGAAUAUGUUUGUCUCUCCACAUGGGAGAAGUCUGGUCCACUGACAAAAACAGCAGCUACAAUACAGCCUCAGUUCCAAAAUGUACUGACAGAAACUUAAUAUAUGCUCUGGUCUGCUCACGGUGUGACAUGACAGUUUAUGUAGGAGAGACAGAAAGAUCCCUGAAAGAACGCACAGAAGAACAUCUUAGAGAUGUCCGUCAACAAGCAGAUAAACCAAUUAUGAGGCAUUUCGAGGGUCAUACAGCAGAAGAUGUAAAGGUUGCAGUACUUCAAAAGGUGUUUAACGAAGGACGCAUUUACAGACAGAUGGUAGAAGAGGAAUGGAUAAAGAGGCUAGGCACGAAGACACCCCAGGGAUGUAACGUAAAACUUAAUAUUUAA